UAAGUUUAUUGUUGAUUUUCUAAUAGGACGUAGCGCGUUGUUACUUAUCUCCGUUCUAAUAUCACAGAACCAUAACAGGAAAGAUGAAAUAAAACAAAGAAAAAGUUAACUCAUAAAAAAACUGUUAAGAAAAUAAAGUAAAAAAAUAGACAUACUGAGCGCAUUCAUUAACUAUAACACAACAAGUAAGUAAUGCUCGUUUAGAUUGCAUAGUACAUACACAAACAACUUCCCUUACGUAAAUAAAAAAAAAACAUGAAUAACAAAACCAAAAAUCAUGCAGAAAGUUUAAAAAAAUAAUAUAAAGAAAAGGAACAAGAGGAAAAGCAAAUAGGAGAUACGUAAAAAAAAUAAGAUAGACAAAUAAAUCUGAGGAAAGAGAACACUUGAUAACAAUAAAAGAACACGUAAAAAAAUACAAAAAAAUAAGAACAAUAAAGAAAACCAAACCUCGAAGAAAUAAAUGGACGAAAGAAAACGUAAUUGACUGUAAGCUUAUAAAAGAAAAUGGGGGUCGAGUUUAGGAAGACGGUGACAUAACACGCUUCACGGCCACCGACGGGAAGAAGAAAGCGGGAAGAGAGAAAACCGGAAGCAGGGCGGGAGGAAGAUCACCAGAGAGAACAUCAGGACGAAGAACUAAAAAAAAAAGGAAAAAGGUUGGCGUGUCUUCCCUACCUCACCAUCUUCGUCCUGACUGAACCUUACUGACACUUUGAUGGUGAUGAGUGUAGUGAUGGUGAUGAUGGUGAUGGUGUCUCGUUUAGUGUUGUGAAGGAGAAAACGUUUACAGUGAUUCCGCUUCCAAUUUUUUCUCGAUUUUAGUCUUCCUCCUCCUCCUCCUCCUCCUCCUCUUCCUCCUCCUCCACCUCGUGAUGUCUUGGCAGCGAAGACGAGUCGACGUAAAGGUGAUGUGACAAGAACCAGCUGGAGACGCAAUGCUAUAACGAAGGUGGCGCUGACAGAGACCGAUUGACCUUGACUCGCUGCAGGUGGGGUCACAAGAGGAGCACAGGUGAGCGUCUUCAGGGGAAAGGUGAGACGUGGGGAGCUACCUGAGGACCCUCCCCCCUUCUCCUCCUGUCCUCCCAAGCACCUCAGCGCCCCGGGAGUAAGCUGGGGGGACUUAGCUGACUCUCACGCCCUGCAACACACCUGGCAACAUGUCACGUCUGGAAGGAACACCUGAGCCGCGUGGAAGACUGUUGGAUGAGGAAUACCUGGGCAGAAGAGGCUCGUCAGAGCUCCAGGGAUCCCGCCAUGGCACUCCCCCAGCAGGCACGCCCCCCCGCAUGGGCACCCCCAACCUCAGCCCACGCAACCUCCCACGCCCGCACACGCCCUCCACGCCCGCCCACUCUGGCACGCCGCCCCCCGGACCCCCGCCCCCCUACUCCUCCCUGCAACUUGAGCCUGUAUCACCUUCUCGAAAGAACUCCCUCCUUCCCCCCGACGCGGACUCCCGCCGCGGCUCACUCACCAAGAGAUCGCUGACGGACCUCGCGCAGGACGCCAAGAAGGGGAUGAGGAACGUGAAGGACACCUCGAUGAAGGCUGGACAAAAGGACGUGUUGCCCCCUACCUGGCCCCCCCCGGCCACCCCGCCACCCAAACAGGAGUCCCCGCCACCCCCCGAACCGCUGCCCAUCCCCACCGGGCUGGUAGCUAAGCGGGCCGCCCUGUUUGACUCCCAGAUAGAGGCGGACGUGGAGUUGAUGAGGCAUAAGCGGGUCUUGAAACGGCAGGACGGUGGCUGUGGAUGUGCCGAUAGCGAAUUCACGAUUUGCGCAGAGUGUUUAAAGAUGGUGGACUCGACCAAGGAGACCAGCCAGCGUCUGAUCGGGGACGUGGAGGCCACCACCAAAAGGGUGAAGGACAAGACGGUGAGUGUGUCUGGCCACAUGAAGGACGCCACGGUGGGGGCCAGCCAGUGGGUCGCCUCGCAGACGACCCGCACGGCCAAGGUCGCGAUGGAGCAGGCCAAGGCGGGCAUGAGCUUCGGCGAGAAGUUCACGCUCUACUCCUUCGAAAAGAUAUCAAGCUUCUCCCACAAGGGGUUCACCCACGUGUUCAUGUUCCUGGUGUUGGCGCUCUACACAGCUCUCGGGGCGCUGCUCUUCAUGGCCAUCGAGGGACCGCACGAGAAGGAGCACAAGGCCAACAUCAUAUACGAGAGGAACAAGUUGCUGGACGGUCUCUGGCACCACCACACCUACAACAGGGACCUUAACUUCUCCAGCUGGGAGUCGAUGGUCAAGUCGAUGCUCAAGCCUUACGACGCCGAGCUGUACAACUCCUGGUCGGUGGCAAUCUCCCCCGACGAGGACCCCGACUGGACCUUCUGGAAAGCCAUGUUCUUCUGCUCCACCAUCACCACCACUAUCGGUUAUGGCCACAUGUACCCACGCACGAACGCCGGCCGGGCCCUCACCAUCGUCUACGCCAUCCUGGGCAUCCCCAUCUUCCUUAUCCUGAUGGCGGACUUCGGCAAACUGUUCACGCGGCUGUUGAAGGCGGUGUUCAGGCUGGUGCGCAAACUGUACCGCACCGCCACCUGCAAGAGGGUGAGGAAGUCCCGCCCUGUGCAGUCCGUCAAGACCGGCUGGAGUAGCAUGUGCCAGUGGUGCAAGUUCACAGUAUGCAGACGCAAGGAACCAGAGACGCCCGAGUCAGUGAUGGACACGCCGGAGUCUGAGGUCGAGAUUCUGGCAGACGACAACUUCAACCUCCCCAUCUCCCUGGCGCUCUUCAUCCUCCUCGUGUACAUCACGAUCGGCUGCGUCAUCUACAAGAUGUGGGAGGAAUGGACCUACUUUGAGGCUUUCUAUUUCAUCUUCGUCUCCAUGACCACCAUCGGCUUCGGCGACUACGUGCCUGAUCAUCCCGCCUUCAUGAUGAUGACCACCGUCUACCUGAUAUUCGGCCUUGCUCUCACCGCUAUGUGCAUCAACAUCAUACAGGAGAAGCUGACGGACACGUUCAGAGUUGCGACAGAGAAGAUGAAGGAGAGCAUCCACACCAUAAUGAACCAGGCGGGGCAGGGCGAGGAGGGGGCGUUGCCGGAGGGGAAGGAGGUGGAAGUGGCCGGCGUGCACGGCGCCACGAACCAAACCGCGCCGACACUCCCGGAAGCGGCGGCGGCGGGGAAGGGAGCCGCGCCCUACUAACUUGUUCUACUUAUGCUUUUGAAUGCUCAUGGAGAGUAGACUGAAAGAUAACACACACACACACACACACACACACACACACACACACACAUUAUGACUACGAAUAACAUCAGUAACCACAACUUAUCACAACAUAAUACUGAGGUAGAACAAUCAGUCCACGUAAAGUCAACAGAACACAAACAAACACUCGUGAAGAAAAAAGGAAAGGAAGAAUGGAUGAAUGUACAUAGAGUUUACCUUAAGACAUUAGUGUUACUGAAAUAGGUUUUUUUUUUUCUUUAAAGUUAAGUGUUCUUGUUUGUGUUUCUUGUGUUUCAUGUUCCCGCGUUGGAGGAACACACGCAUAAGAUAUGUCCUCAUGCUCAACUGUACAUGUAUUGAUUAAGAUAUAUUAUCAUUAUUAUUAUUAUUAUUAUUAUUAUUAUUAUUAUUACUAUUAUUAUUAUCACUUAGAAUAUUUCACUUGUCCUUAGGUUGUGUGUACUGUCUCGAUUAGGACAUGUUCUAAAUUAAUUGUAUUACCUGUUGGUGGCCUGCUCGCCAGUCUCAGUUAAGAAAAAGAAGAAGAAGAAGAAGAAGAAGAAGAAGAAGAAGAAGAAGAAGAAGAACAACAACAACAACAACAACAACAACAACAACGACAACAACAACGACAACAACAACAACAACAACAACAACAACAACAACAACAACAACAACAACAACAACAACAACAUAAAGAUGAAGAUGAAGAUGAAGAGCACCACCACCACCACCACUAACAAAAAAAACAAAAAAAAGGAGUAGGAAAUGAGCCAGGGAUCAGCACUCGAGCACUAUUUUCCCACAUUUUCCCCUAUUUCAUUCAAACUCUAAAUUUCCCACUACAAAUUAUUCCCUAAACUCUCUACUGUAAACUUGACCUCUCUCUCUCUCUCUCUCUCUCUCUCUCUCUCUCUCUCUCUCUCUCUCGGUAAUCUUAUUCCUAAUUCCGCAUUCGUUUUUUGGUGGAUAUUUAGACUCAAACUUUCACCCCUUGUGCCACUCCUAAGACUUAAUUUUUUUUUUUUUCCUUCCGUGGUUACUUUCCCCUCGGCGAAGUCUUGUCAGCGUGGCGUUAAGGGUUCAUAUAAGUGAUUGAGGAAAAAGAAAAAAAAGUUUCACAAAAUAAUGGCAGGAAACAGUUCAGGGAGGAAAGUUGAUAUUAAUAUGUAUUGGCGUGCGUGGUGAGGUGGUGGUGGUGAUGAUGAUGAGAAUAGCAGUGGUGAUGUGAAUAGCAGUGGUGACAGUGGUGAAGGUGAGGGAUGUCAUAGUUGUGGUGGUGGUGGUGGUGAGGGUAACGGUGGUAGGGAUGAUGGAGAAAAAACAAAUCUACUUUAUACAUUUAUUACCCUCUCUAGGUAACCCUUUUAAGAGAUCGCCCUGAUUAUUACCUCAUUAUUUUUCUUUUGGGGAAAAUGAAAAACUAAGGUAAAGCAAAAAAAAAAUAGCAAAUAUCAAAUGAAGCAAGAUUUACCUAUCUUGAUUAUGACAAAUUCUUUUUUUUUUAUUUCAGCUUUUUUUGUAAUGGAGUACUAAAUGAAGUAAUGCGUACAAUCUGGUGAACAUAAGCUGCGGUCUGCCACGUCUAGGAUGACUGUACUGCCGUGCGUUACAAUUAUUCAGACGAGAAAUUCCGAUUAUUUACAAACACACACACACACACACACACACACACACACACACACAAACAAAAACAAACACACA